CGUGGGGGAGGGAGCACUGCAAGUGUGGCCGCUUCAAAGACAAAGACAACGGGCAUGGCGGCCUGUCGAUCAACGACGCCCAGCGAAGCGAACUACGGAUGGCGGGACGACGAUGACUGCUCUGCUGCAGAGGUGACGGGUUGGCAGGCUUGGGACGAUCAUCAGCGAGAGAUUUGGCAAGCAAGCACUUCUGGCAUCACAAGAGGGGUAGCGAACAUGAAAGUCCUCGGAGACGACAUCUUUGUCCAUUGCGAUGGUGCAGAAGGUGAAGAUUAUGCAGCGAACGAGAGCGAAUGUGAGGACGACGAAGACGGCGAUGACAAGACUGAGAUUUGUCCACUGGGGAGGAAGAGAGGUGGGUCCCGAAGCAGAAAGAAGGUUGUGCUACCGCGAGCAGGGAGACAAGGCAAGAGGGUUGUACAAGAUACGGGGGUAGUCGACGCAACGGAAAGUAGGGAUUUUUGGACGGUGGAGCACAUGAUUGGUCUCAUCCGAGCGAAAAGAGACCAGGAUUUGCAUCUCACUGGCUUGGGGCACAACUAUGGGCGGAUGAAGUCAAAGACUUGGAAGUGCGACAACGUCGAAACGAGGCUCAUGCAGAUGGGCGUGACAAGCAGGAAGGCGGUGGACUAUGGAAAACAAUUGGACAACCUUUACCAACAAUUCAAGACAGUGCACAAAUUCAUGGGAGAAUUCGGGAAGCAGGACUUCUUUGGACUGACACUGGUGGAGAGGAAGGAGUGUGGGUUCCACUUCAGAAUGGACUGACGUCACGGUGAGUAUUUGGAGAUGAAGGCGAUGUCGAAGAGUGAGCACACUAUCCACCCCACAAAUC